AUGGGAGACUUAUAUGAUACUGUGUUGUCUUGUCAUGGCGGAAUCCCCGAAUCAACCCCUGUGCUGAUAGUUGGCGGGGGUCCAGUGGGCCUUUUCCAAGCUCUUUUACUAUCUCGACUUGGUGUACCAUCUGUGAUAAUCGAACGCUAUACUGAACGCCUGGGGGCACCGAAAGCCCAUGCGCUGAAUCCACGCUCAUUAGAAAUCUUGCGCCAAUAUGACUUGGGUGAGAAGAGAAUUCGCAGUCUAGGAACAACCCGACAUGAUGGAUACUGGGUUAAUUUUAUCACCAAUCUUUGCGGGGACCAAGUUGGCAGACUCCCAUAUGAGCGCAUGGAUUCAGCUGUGUUAGAAGAUACACCCGAGAUGAUACACAACAUCCCACAACCAAUUCUUGAAGAAGAGUUUACAAAGAUUGUCGAAAAAGAUCAAAAUAUUAUUUUAAAAAAGGGCUUCAGCAUCUAUGCUGUAGUACAGGUGCCGUCGGAAAAAAAUGAAGUUAUAGCGACAGUUAAAGAUAUGUCCAAUGGUCAAUUCCACGAUAUCAAGUCUCGAUACCUCAUCGCCUGCGAUGGUCAUAAAAGUACAGUACGCGAGCUUCUCAAAAUACCCUCUGACGGCGAAGACUCUGAUCAAGUCAUGAUGACUAUCCAUUUCAAUGCAAAUCUUCGACCUGUGGUUGGUGAGCGUGUGGGUAUGCUAUUUUGGAUUAUGGAUCCUCUCGCCGCAGGAUUCAUCAUUGGUUAUGAUCUGAGUGGCACACAGGUUCAUAUUAGCCAAGUUGAUAUCUCGAAACAGCCUCUCAAUUCAUGGACAGAAGAAAUGGCUCGAACCAAAGUUCGCGCUGCCAUUGGGAGAGAUGUCCCCUUUGACAUUCUGAGCUUCCGACCUUGGAUAUUCAGACGACAAAUUGCGACUACGUUUCAAAAAGGAAAUGUCUUCCUAGCUGGGGAUGCAGCUCACUCCUUCCCACCAACCGGCGGACUGGGGCUAAACUGCGGCCUUGCAGACGCCCACAACCUGGCUUAUAAAAUGGCUCUCGUACAUCGGGGUAUCGCUAAUCCGUCUAUAUUGGCAACAUAUACUGCAGAAAGGCACAGUAUUGCUGAUUUAUAUUCGAAGCAAAGUGUCAAAAAUGGAAAACAGAUAUUCAACCUAGUCCAAAGUUUGAAAACCGAAGGGGUGGAGGACACUGUCCAAGCCCGUCACAACAUGAUAGAAGCUCUACGGGACCCUGGGCAACGAGAAAUAGUUGAUAAAGGCAUUGAAGGGCAAAGGGAGCACUUCGACAACUUGGAGCUUCAUAUUGGCUACGUAUAUGGCGCAAAGAAGCCGCCACCUCAUGCCUCCCAUUACCAGCCAAAGUUAAUACCAGGAGCUCGAUUACCGCAUGUGUGGAUUUCAUUUCAAAAUUCAGACAAGACGGCAGCAGUACCACGGCUCCCUGUAGAUGUUUCAUACGUGAAAGACCUGACUAGCAGCCAAGUAAGUGAAUGUCAAUGGAGCUCCCUGGAUCUCUGCGAUCCAGAUGCUUGGACAUUGAUUGUUGGCAAGCAAGACGAUAAGUCUGGCACACGGUUUUUGGCACUUGAGAAACAUUGUGACGCUAUUAACAUUCGUUUAAUUUUGCGGCGUCUCGACAUAGACUUUCAAAUUGUUAGGCAGCGAUGGUUUUCGGAGGCCAUAUAUCAUGGCGGACUUCUUGUUCGACCUGAUCAACAUAUUAUGAUGCGAGUAUUACCCACAACCACCGAGGAUGACUUGAUCUUAGCCCUUGAUGAGCACCUUGGGAUAUAG